AUGAAGCCGAUACAGGGCGCGGAGAAACCACCCGGUGUGGAACCCGUCGCAGGUACCGACGAACCCCACCGGGUUAGUGUGAUCAUGUUCGACGCGAUGGACGUGAUACUGCUGGACAACCAGGGCCGGGUUGCGGUCGGUUCCCGCACCGGUAGCCAACGCUCCAGUCUGGCCAGUACCGGUACGGUACAGGCCGUAGCCCUGUCGCGUCCUGCAAGCCCCAUCGGCACCGGACUCGCCUUCCGGAACGAGCUCGUAGGGCCGGAGCUGCUGGUAGAUGCCCGCGGGGCCACCGAGUUCUAUCGAGUCGACGACGAUAGCUAUAGACCGUUCACGAUUUACGGUGGAAUCGCCGCUGAUGGAAAGGGAAAGAACGCCAUCCUACCCGCCUCGACGGAAGGAUCUCUGAGCUCGAUCAUAACGACGUCGAUUGCGUCCUCGGACCCGGACCGUGGCGAUCACCGUAACGGUGGUGGUGCCGGUGGUACCGGCUGCACCGGAAGUCUGGCAGGUGACACAGGCGAUGGCGGUCCGCUGGACGAGAAGGCCGUCGUACUUGGCCGAGGUGGCGGACCUGACGGACCUGGAUCUGGUGAUCACCACGGCGAUGGACGUACGGAGACCGUCGGUGAGGGAGGUGUUCAGCAGGAGAAGUGGUGGCACAUGAUGCUGCAGAUCACCCUACCGUUCUUCCUUGCCGGGUUUGGCACGAUCGGGGCCGGUAUCAUACUCGGCCGCGUUGAGGAAAACAAACCGCUGGAUAUAAAUUGUGGAGUGUUCAUAAUCCAUUACUCGAAAUGGACCGCAUUUAUGCACAUCACAGAGCUGUUCAUCCUGGUGCCGUCUCUGCUCGGGUUGAAGGGCAACCUGGACAUGUGUCUGGCAUCACGGCUCUCGACGCAGGCUAACCUCGGCAACAUGUCCGGUAGACGCGAGAUCUUCCACAUGAUCCUUGGCAACAUCGCGCUCGUACAGGUGCAGGCAACCGUCGCCUCGUUCAUCGUGUCGAUGUUCGCCGUCGGCAUCGGUUUCAUCCUCAAUGGGACGAUCAUCUUCGAUCAUGUGAUGUUGCUGACUGCGUCAGCCAUGUUUACCGCUACUAGUUCCUGCUUUGUGCUCGACUUCCUCCUGAUAGGCGUGAUUGUGGUCUCGAACCGAAUGAAGUGGAAUCCGGACAACCUGGCCACACCGCUGGCCGCAUCAGUUGGUGAUUUGGUCUCGAUCUCGUUGCUGGCCAACAUUUCGAAAGUGUUGUACGAAAACCUCGAAACACACCUCUGGGUGACGUUCGUCAUGGUAGCUGGGUACGUGAUUUUGAUGCCUUUCUGGUUGCUUAUCGUCCUGCGGAACAAGUACACACGAUCCGUCCUAUCGUCGGGUUGGGUACCCGUCUUGUCCGCGCUAUUCAUCAGUGGCAUGGGCGGCUUGGUACUGGACAAAGCGGUUGGUGACUUUGUUGGAUUCGUUGUGUUUCAACCCAUCAUCAACGGUAUCGGUGGAAACCUCGUAUCAGUGCAGGCCAGCAAGAUCUCUACAAUGCUCCACCAAAGCUCGAUAAUCGGUAUUAUACCACCACACGCCAAGAUUGCAGAGCUACCCUGGAAAGCGCUCUUCAAAGGAGUCCCGUAUGCAAGAACUGCUCGUAUCCUUAUUGCGAUGUCAAUUCCUGGCCAAGUGCUGUUCAUCUUCGUGGCGGAUUACAUUCACAUGUCGCGAUCUACCAUCGGGUACCCGUUCAUACUGUCCUACUUGUUAGUCAGUACCGUACAGAUCAUGCUCCUGCUGUACAUCGCGCACGUCAUCAUCCACGCCAUGUGGAAGUGGAAGUUCGAUCCCGACAACUCGGCCAUCCCGUACCUGACGGCGCUUGGUGAUCUGUUCGGUUCGAGUUUCCUGUUGCUGGCGUUUAUGUUCCUGCGUUCGAUUGGCCAUCCGUACGGGGUUACCGACAGCGAAGCGGUCGACGGAGUGGAACUGUUUCCAACAACACCUCAGCUGUCUGUCAUCGACGAAGGUACACUCGCGAACCUGAUGCGCAACAUCAGCGGGCUGUAG